AUUAAAUAUGAGCAGGUUUAGCUAUUCCAAUAGAAAAAGCAGCAGUAUAGAGCCCGUCUUUGUUUCAAAGUUCGAAAGCUUCUUUAAAGAAGAAAUUGAAGAGUGUUCAAGCAUAUCGUCUGGAGACGACUUCAGAUUCGAAUACGAAGCGAAGCCCAUCCCAAACUUUGAUUUCAAAGUCUACAACAUAAAAUACUUAGUCCUCCUAAAAGAAUGUAAAGAAGCGGUUUACAGCUUGGUAAAAACACUCAAAAGAGGCAAAAAGAUUAUUUUCAGCAGCCCUAAAAUGUUUAAAGAGUACCUCUAUCAGAAAAUAGUGGUCAACAAUUGAUGAGAGUACUCAGAAAUGACAGAAGGCAAACAAAAGGUCCUAUUGCAGCUCCUCGAAGAUGAGGACUUCUAUAAGCAAUUGAAAAAGAAGUUUCAUAAAGAGAAGCUUCCUGCGAAGAUUCUUAAAAGAAUCAAACAGAAGGAGAAUCAAUACCUCCAUCCAGAUUCUUCCUUAAGCUCCAUGGACAACUCGAAGUCAUCUUGUGGAAAGAAAGAGAAAGUCAUCAGCUCUAAAGUUGAUAAAGUGCCUGAGAUCUUUAAGCAAAGAAGGCAGUAUACCAAGGCAAAAAGAAAUAAAGUUCUCAGGAAGUCUAGCCUUUUCCAAGCUCUGGAGUGAUUUUCUCCCAGCUUCAGGAAAAACAACUCUGAUCACAUAAAUCAAUCGAUGGAUUUCAACUCUAUGGCAGUCAAUGUCGAAAAGAAGCGUCCUAGUCUUCCUGAGCCUAAAGAAGUUAUCAAAGAAAGACUACACCCAGAUACCCAUAAUUGAAGAAUCCUUAAAAUGGUCGACUUUGUUGAUAGAUUUGAGAAGAAAGAACAACCAGAUCUAGUGAUCGAAAACCAUCAAGGUGAACCUCAGAGAAGACAAAGGAGAAGAAAAAUUACAUGGAGAAAGAAAAGACAGUUCAUCUUCUCCCCGAAUCCUAAGUUGAUCCCUGCUUGAGCAAAUGUGACCAAUAACAUUCAUGAAUCUUUCAUGAGUUACCACAAAAAUAAGGAUGGGAAGAAGUGCUUUAAAAGUAGGCUUAGAUCAAAACUUUCAAAGAGACAAAAAGCAAAUAAUUUCAUUAUAAAGAGGAAUCAAAAUUUAAAAACGAGAAAUAAGGAACUGCAAGAGACCUUGAAUCUGAGUUUGCCCUCACCGCAAUUGAUUAGAAAGCCGUUCAGCUUCUAAUCUCCGAUGCUUGGCUGAAAGUGAUUUAUUCAGCCAGGUUCGAUUUAUAUUUUACGUAUUAUCAACUCUUCAUAA